CCGACUACACUUACUAUAAGCGCACAUAUAAAAAUAACCUUAUCAUAUGAGAGAGUAUUUUGCUAGAAAAUAUACGUCUAUUGUAAUGCAUAUUACUUAUGAAGAGAUAAUCUGGAAGUUUCAAUACAUGUAAUACUUGUUGUUAGAAUAGUGUAUAUAUACGAUGAGACAACGGGUUUUGGAGGCAACAGUCUUUAAUGCUGCUUACGUUCCUCCUUCAUUAAUGUCCCGAAACUUCUCUUUAGAACUUGAUGGCAAUCACUACUGCCAAUUCUUGUCAAAUUGAAGCUGCUUGCCCUCCUUAGAAUCCGCUUGUAGAGUGGCGGGGAAUGCUUGACAGGUAGCACUUGAGAUCAUCGGACUACAAAAAUGGGCAAUUGGAGGUGGCAGAUGUGUGACCGCUCUGUUGUUUUUGCUUUCUAAUGAACGGGCGGUCAGUCGGAACCUUGACCUUGGGAAAAGCCAAAAAAAAAACAUAAUAACACAAAUGUUGCGUCUUGCGGGUGUCCGUUUGCUGCAGCAAAGAAUCGGUUAUAAUGCAUGCAAUGUUGCACGUCAACAAGUCGUUGCCAACAAAACUGUAGCAGGUCGAUGGGGAUUCCGUUCAUUCAGCAGCAAGGUCACCAAAGAAGAGUCGUCAUACGUUAGCGGAUUCAGCACACAGGGAAACGUAGCUGCCGAUACACAAGCAUCAGCGACGCCUUCCCAACAGUUCAAAACAUAUAAGCCCACGACUCCCGGUAAACGUUGGUUAAAGCGCGUACCACGUGACCACCUUUACAAGGGCAAAUCUGUUCGACGAUUGACGGUUGCCAAACGAAGCACGGGCGGUCGUAACAACUCAGGUCGCAUUACUAUUCGACAUCGCGGUGGUGGACACAAGCGACGUAUUCGUAUAAUCGAUUGGCAACGAGCCGAGUCAGGUCAGCAAACGGUAGUUCGUUUAGAACACGACCCCGGACGAAGCGCAUGGAUUGCCCUGUUGCGACACGAAGAAAACGGCAGUCUGAGCUAUAUUGUUGCUCCACAGGGCGUGAAGCCAGGAGACAAGGUGAUGAGCUAUCGAGCCGAAGGUGCACAACGCAGCAGCAGAAAAGACAACAGCACAUUAGACGAGCACGGUAUCACACGCACAGCUUCGAUCGAUCCUGGUAACUGUAUGCCGCUCAAGAUGGUCCCUGUGGGCACAAUCAUCCACAACAUUGGCCUGAAGCGCAAUGGCCCUGCGGUCAUGGCACGCGCAGCAGGUGGUUACGCACAGUUGAUUCAGACGGGCGAGACGGGAUAUGCACAGGUUCGUCUGUCGAGUGGUGAGGUUCGGUUAGUCCCUGUGGAUGCGUGCGCCACGAUCGGCGCGGUAAGCAAUCCUGACCAUCAGCACGAAACGCUCGGCAAGGCCGGUCGUUCCAGAUGGAUGGGUAUCCGCCCAACAGUUCGUGGUGUGGCCAUGAACUCGACGGACCAUCCUCACGGUGGUGGUCGUGGUAAAUCCAAGGGUAACAAGCAUCCACGAUCGCCUUGGGGUGUCCUGGCAAAGGGUGGAAAAACCAGAAAGACACCUAACCAGUUCGUGGUCAAGCCCCGUCCUAGACGAUAAAAAGAUUGAGAGCACAUUCUGUAAAAUUAAUUAUAAAAAUAUUAAUAGAAAGGAACAAAAAAGCAUGGUAUCUAUUUUACUUUUUUCUAACAUAGGAGACAUCUAAGAGAGAAUCGAGCGAAAGCGAGAGAAGGAGGGAGUGUGGUGUGGAGUGGAGUGGGUUCUAUUGUACAUGAUUACCAUAUGCUGGCUGGGGUCCCUGCACGAACAUGUCACCGGGGUAAAUGCAUAUAUUGAAUUAUGUUGGAAAAAAAAAGGGACAUUCCUCAAGGACGAUUAAACAUUUGCUUUCUAUUAUAGAGAGAGACUAAGGCUCUUCAUCCACUGCCUCGGACGCAGGGUUGCCUGGCUAGAACGAAUCGUCCUUUAUUUACACCGAUUCACCCCACUACAACAAAGACAAUCGGCUGUUGUCAUGCCAACCGAGAAGGGGGGCUUGGAGAAGAGAAGAGCAAGAUCAAGAGGAAGAACAGAUGAUCUCAGUUACCA